AUGUAUACCACGACUGGCAAUGAGUCUCGUCAGCUCAUGCAAGAAAACCCGCAUCUCUUCAAUGUGUAUCAUAUGGGUUACUCGGAGCAAGUCAAACGCUGGCCGAGCAACCCGCUGGACGACAUAAUCAAGUUUCUCGCCACACAGGACCCGAGCCUUCGCAUUGCAGACCUUGGAUGCGGCGAGGCGCGUCUCGCAAAGAACGUCCCGCAACGACAGGUUAUGUCGUUUGACCUCGUAGCGAACAACGAAAGGGUUACCGCAUGCGACAUUGCGAAUGUACCGUUACCCGACUCUAGCGUUGAUGUGGUUGUCUUUUGCCUCUCGCUGAUGGGUACGAAUUACGCCGACUUCAUCACGGAGGCAAGAAGGAUUCUUGUUCCAGACGGUUUGAUGCUUGUGGCCGAGGUUGCAUCACGGUUUGAGGACCAUGACCCGAAGGACUUUGUAAGGGGAGUCGAGAGCCUUGGGUUCAACGUGGACUCAAGUCACCCUCUCACAAAAACACAUCUUCAGUCUACGCCUGUGAAGGGCAAGCAACGAAGAAGAGGUGGAGGAAAGAAGAACAAAAAGAAGCACAAGACCGCCCAGCUAGAGGAAUCACUGAGUAGCGCCGUGUUUUUCUAUAAGUUUGCCUUUAUAAGUAUAAAGGACACUUCAAAAGGCGAUUCAACGAGGAAAGCGGGAAAGGCGCUUCCAAAACUGGCUGCUUGUGUCUACAAGAAGCGAUAGCACAAAGAGAAGUGAGGCUUUUUUGUCUGCACAUAAACCGGUUAUCCCAAGCGCAUAAUAUGUGUCGAAAUUGAAGUCACGACUCUCAACGCUUCCUCAUAUUGUUUAAAUAACAGCGUGUCGUUUGGUACUCAGCUGAUUGUCAUAGUUAGGUAUAAAUACGUAUACAUCUCAAAAGUUAGUAAACGAAAAGGCAAUGCCGAACCAGCAUGCCUCUGAGCGCCUAAUAUUCUAUGGAGCUUGGGUUCAAAA